AUGUCGUCCAGCUCAUCUUUGCUCGAAGCCGCAAAGCGCCAAACCUCAGCCGCCAUGAACAGCGCGAAAGAAGCCGCCUCCGAAGGCUCCGCCGCCAUGAAGACUGCCGCCGAGAACCCCUCCAAAGCUACCACUGACUUCCUGCACACCCCCGCCAUGCGCGCAGCUCUACCCUUCAUCAAUGGAGGCCUUGCCGGCAUGACCGCCACCACGGUCAUUCAGCCCGUCGAUAUGAUCAAGGUCCGCCUGCAGCUGGCCGGCGAGGGCGUGAAGACUGGGCCGAAGCCUACCCCCCUGUCCGUCACAAGGGACGUGAUAGCGGCAGGCAAGGUGCUCGACCUCUACACCGGCCUCUCGGCGGGCCUCCUCCGCCAAGCUGUAUACACGACCGCGCGUCUCGGUUUCUUCGACACCUUCAUGAAGACGCUGAGCGCAAGAGCGGAAAGCAGUGGCAACAAGGUCAGCUUCGCAGAGCGCGCAGGCGCCGGUCUGACUGCCGGUGGUUUGGCAGCCGUGGUCGGCAACCCUGCCGACCUGGCCCUCAUCCGCAUGCAGAGCGACGGCCUCAAGCCGCCAGCGGAGCGAGCACACUACAGAUCCGUCAUUGACGCCCUCGCGCGCAUCUCCAAGAACGAGGGUGUCACGGCGCUGUGGGCCGGCUGCUUCCCCACCGUGGCCCGCGCAAUGGCACUCAACUUCGGCCAGCUCGCCUUCUUCUCCGAGGCCAAGAACCAGCUCAAGGACACCAGCCUCUCGUCUCGCACACAGACGCUGACGGCCUCGGCCAUCGCCGGCUUCUUCGCCUCCUUCUUCAGCUUGCCCUUCGACUUUGUCAAGACGCGCCUGCAGAAGCAGACGCGGGCCCCCGACGGCACGCUUCCCUACCGCGGCAUGGCCGACUGCUUCAAGAAGGUCGCCCGCGACGAGGGCCUGCUGAGGUUCUACCGUGGCUUCGGUACCUACUACGUGCGCAUUGCGCCCCAUGCAAUGGUAACGCUGAUCGUGGCCGACUACCUCGGGUUCGUCACCAAGUAA